AUGGGGAAUGCGGAAAUAGAGUCAUUGGCUUCAGCUAAUUCAUCAAAAGAGGUGCCUCUACCUCUGCUUUCGCUGAACCACGUCUCGUUUGUAUGCAAGAGCGUGAGUGAGUCUGUGAACUUCUAUGAGAAUGUCUUGGGAUUUGUGCUCAUCAAAAGGCCUUCUUCUUUCAAAUUUGAAGGAGCUUGGUUAUUCAAUUAUGGCAUCGGCAUUCACCUACUUGAGUCAGACAAGGUUCCGGUGAAAAAAGGAGAGAUCAACCCCAAAGAAAAUCAUAUCUCCUUUCAAAGCUCAGAUAUGAAGCUUAUAAUGCAGAAACUUGAAGCAAUGAAUAUUGAGUAUGUGACAGCAAUUGUGGAAGAGGGUGGAAUUCAAGUUGAUCAGCUAUUCUUCCAUGACCCAGAUGGAUAUAUGAUUGAAAUAUGCAAUUGUCAAAAUCUACCUGUGCUUCCAAUUUCUUCGUGCCCUCUAAAGCUGCCUAGUACCAACUAUGCAAAUGAUCAAGCACCAUCUUUCUAUGGAGAAGGAACCUUGAAGAUGAACUGCUCUACGGAAGAAGCUAUGCUGAUGAUGGAGAAUUUGUUGAUAAAUAUGUUGAAGAUUUCAAUAUGAGAGUUUACUAGGGGUUGAU